GGGGGCGGGGUCGGAUUAGAACUCGACCCAGUUUGAAAGUGAACCGACGGCUCCAGUCUCUGCUUCAGCUUCCAAACAACAACAAGAACCCAAGAUCCAAACCGUCAGAACCGGUUCGAAGUCUGCCUCAGUCUGUAGCCGGCCCUCCUGACGAGCCGUCAGUAUGAUGCGUAAAGACGUCAACAAGCCGAAGGGGAAGACGUCGGCGUAUGCCUUCUUCGUCCAGACGUGUCGAGAGGAACACCGGAAGAAAAACCCAGAGCAGUCGGUCAACUUCGCCGAGUUCUCCAAGAAAUGCUCUGAGAGAUGGAAGGCUCUGUCUCCCAGUGAUAAGAAGUGUUUCGAGGACAUGGCCAAAGCCGACAAGGUGCGUUACAACAGGGAGAUGAGAGACUACGUCCCACCCAAGGGCUUCGGAAAGAGGGGCCGCAAGAGGAAAGACCCCAACGCACCCAAAAGACCCCCGUCUGCGUUCUUCGUGUUCUGCAGUGAGUACCGUCCCAGUGUGAAGCAGCAGUAUCCUGGUCUGUCCAUAGGAGACUGUGCCAAGAAACUGGGAGAGAUGUGGAGCAAACUGUCCCAGUCUGAGAAACAACCGUACGAAGAGAAGGCUCAGAAGCUACGAGAGAAAUACGACCGGGACAUGGUGGCGUACCGCGGCGGUGGAACCUACGCCAGGAACCCUGGGUCCUCAGCUCAGGGAGGAGAGGAGGAGGAAGACGACGAGGGGGAGGAGGAAGACGAGGAGGACGACGACGACGAGUAGAGACAACGAGCUGCAGCUGGAUGAGAGAGAGAGAGAGAGAGAAAGGUGUGUGUGUGUGUGUGUGUGUGUUUUUCAGAGGUCAGACUGUUUUUAAACAGGUUAAAGUGAAGGGAGGGGUCAGAGGAGACAGGGGGCGGAGCCUCACAGCAGGUGAAUGUCAGAUAUGCUGCAGCUGUCGGCAGAGAAGAAGAAGAAGAGGAGGGACAGGUGAGGAUGAAGGUGAGCUCAGCUUUACAUCAGUUCAGCCAAUCAGGUUUAGUUAUUUCCUGUCUCCAUGGUAACAGGGAGUGUUGGUCAGCAGGUUGGUCUCUGACGUGGCUCAGAUGUCACAGUGACAGGAAGCUGCGUCUCUUUGUUUUAUAACGAACAGGAAGUGAAGCAACUGAACAAGCUCAGUUGCUUCACCUGUUCACAGACGCCGUCAGGACUCAGGGACCCACAGAGGUUAGAGAUAACCUCCAAGUCCCAGGUCAGUCCAGUUUCCUGGACAGGUCAGGACAAGCAUGAAUUUCGCCCUGAGCUGACUAGAAACAUUCACCUGUCCCAUAAUGCAUUGCUGAAUCUCUUCAGACUGGGCCAGCUGCUCUGACCAAACCUCUGAAAACAGCAGAUUAAUGAACAGACAUUUGUUAGUGAACAUGUUCACAGUCUUUGGUCUGUCAGACAGAUCAGCUGAUCUGUCCAAUCAGGAGGCUGAUCAGUAAUGACGUGUGAGUCGCUGGUCUCACCUGUUUGAUUCAGAUCAGGUGUAUGUGGACACAUGGAGCUGCUGUGGAUCAGGUCAUGUGGUUUAGCAGUGACUCAGUUGGAGGUUUGAGCUUUGUGUUGGAUCCAGGUCUGAGUCUCACCUGGACCAUCAGGUCACCUGCACACUGACACUGUAAUGAGGUCACAUGACCAGAUGCGUUCAAACCUUGUCAGUUUGUUGAGUCAUGUGACUGAUGAUGUCAUUCACAGGUAUUCUGACAGACAGGUAGAAAGAGAGAGAGACAGGUCACUCUGAAACACACACACACAGGACCAGUGUGUGUGCGUGUGUGUGUGUGUGUUGGUCAUCAGAUGUUAGAGGAUAGUAGAGUAAACUCCUGCUCACUGUUACCAUGGUUACUCCUGCACCCUCCUCACACCCUCCACCCCCCCUGUGUGUUACCAUGGAAACCCCGGCCCCUCCCCCUGCUCCUCCUCCUCAUGUUGUUUUUUAUUUUCUUUGUUGGAGCUGAUUCGUUUUGUUCACAGUAGAAACAUCAACUUUUCUAAUAAAACGACACCUGAGGGAAAAA